AUGGGACUGUCCCGUACUUCCCGUAUCUCUCUUCUCCUCGCCAUCGACGUCUGUUUUUUCUUCGUCGAGCUCAUCGUCGGAUAUGCGGUUGGAUCCCUCGCGCUCGUGGCAGACAGCUUCCACAUGCUAAACGAUGUAGUCAGCUUGAUAAUUGCACUAUAUGCUAUCAAGCUGACUGCCCAAUCAACACCCAACACACAAUAUUCCUAUGGCUGGCACAGGGCUGAAAUCUUGGCCGCUUUGGUCAAUGGUGUCUUCCUCCUCGCCCUUUGUUUCACAAUCACGCUCGAGGCCCUUCAGCGAUUUUUCUCCACGCCUGAGAUUUCCAACCCGCGUCUCGUCGUGAUCGUCGGGUCUCUAGGCCUGGCCUCGAACAUUGUCGGCUUAUUCCUUUUCCAUGAACAUGGCCACUCCCACUCUCAUGACCACUCUCAUUCAUCGAGCAACACCCCAUCCAAAACACCGACGAUUCAUCGCUCUAGCAUCUCGCGGCCGCGGUCAUCCUUCGAUGCCCGUCCCGUCGAUGGCCAGGCCGCUGUCGACGAUGCUGCAGACGCAGACGCACCUCCGCCCGCUAGCGAUGGGGCGCUCGUGAACGAGCGGACACCGCUUCUGCAUACCGCAUCGCACCAUUCGGCCGAAGGAGACGUAACGCCGCCCAGUGAGGAGUGGUCCUCUCACGGCCAUGCUCACUCACACGGAGGGUCCAUGAACAUGAAGGCGCUUCUCCUGCAUGUGUUGGGAGACGCCUUGGGGAAUGUCGGCGUAAUAGCAACUGGGCUCAUCAUCUGGCUCUCCUCUUGGAGCUUCAAGUUCUAUUUUGACCCGAUUAUCAGUCUUGUUAUCACCGUAAUCAUUUUCCACUCUGCGCUCCCACUGGUCCGCAGCACCUCUUUCAUCCUGCUUCAAGGGGUACCUUCGGAGGUUUCUUUGGAAGACGUGCGGACGGCUAUUCUAAACGUCGAUGGCGUUCUCUCCGUGCACGAGCUCCAUAUCUGGCAACUUUCCGAAUCCAAGAUAAUCGCCUCCGUUCACGUCACCUCCUCCCGCAACCACGACUUUAUGCCCGUGGCCGCGAAGAUCCGGCAGGUUUUGCACCAACACGGCAUACAUUCGAGCACGAUCCAGCCGGAGUACCACCCGACCAGAGAGGCCAUCCCAGACGAGUUCUUGAAGACUUCGGAAGAUACAUCGUGUCUGAUUUCGUGCCCACCAGAUCAGGCGUGCGGUGCGGACCACGCGUGUUGUCCCCCCGUCAACAGCCUGACCGACGCUCCGUAAAUCGUUACACGUUGGCAUUCCUGAAUUACUCUGGAUAUCCCUACUUUAUAUACGUGAUGUAAAACACCGCACACAUUUUGUCUUCUCCGAUUACAGUAUCGCAUCC